CGCGACAUGGCGGCCAGCGGGACCCGGCCCUGCCCGCUCCGGGGCGGUGCCGAGGGCGGUGCUGGAGCCUCAGCGGCGCGGGAAGCGCGGAGCCGAGCCUCUGGUAAUCGGGACAUCGCCAUCAGGAGCCGGCCGGAGAGGAGCCAUGUGCACACCCAACCUCUUCACCCUUGUCCUGGUGGUGCAACCAUCUCGCGUCCUCCUGGGCAUGAAGAAACGCGGGUUUGGAGCUGGGUUCUGGAAUGGUUUUGGGGGAAAGGUGCAGCCGGGUGAGAGCAUCGAGGAGGCUGCUCACAGGGAGCUCCAGGAAGAGAGCGGACUGACUGUGGACACCUUGCAGAAGAUGGGCCAGAUCACAUUUGAGUUUGUAGGCAACCCUGACCUCAUGGAAGUUCACGUCUUCCGGGCAGAUCAUUUUAAUGGAGAGCCAACAGAAAGUGAGGAAAUGCGGCCUCAGUGGUUUCAGCUGGAUGAGGUGCCCUUCAGUCAGAUGUGGCCAGAUGAUAGCUAUUGGUUUCCCCUGCUGCUUCAGAAAAAGAAGUUUCAUGGCUAUUUUAAGUUCCAAGGACAAGACACUAUCCUGGAGCACACCCUGAAAGAAGUGGAGGAAAUUUAAGAAGAAAACAGAAGCAUUCAUCACACAAUGCCUACGUUGGGCUAGACUGCCAUAAGUACUUACAGGGGUCUCCUUUCUCAACUCCCCAGAAAAGGAGAUUUAUCUGCCAGCUCACUGGGAAGUAAAGAAAAUAAGGGCAUUUCUUACCGCAGAUACAGACUUUCCAUGCUGUGAAGUCCCUGGCUGUAGUAUGCUUUAGUGGUUACUUGAUGACAACUCUAAAGAACUUGCAGUUAACCCUUGUUUCUCAGGUGGUUAAUGUGUUAGGCUUUUCCAUCGUGACUGGAAAUCUUUUUUUAAAAUAUUAAAACUUUUUUAGUAAAAUAAUUUGUUUUCCUAUUAUGAACAUCUGGUUAAUUUAUAGACUGUUUAAGGGCCUUUCAGGAAUUGACUUCCUUUCACAGAAACACUAAGUGGACUCUGUUUCUCAGACUAACAGCAGAAUCUGUCAAGCAUAUUCUCUGUGCCGGUUUCUAUGUAGUUCCCAAUUACUUCCUGGGAGAAGGUGACAUUUGAUCAGUGCUGUGAAAACCCUUUGAAAAGUUUAGGUAGUGAUCGUUUCAGGAUUCUCCUGCUAAAGGCAGCAUAAGAUUAUAGGAGUUAAGAAAACAAAGUCUGAAGUAGAUGUAUUGCACUGUUUGAGCCCUGUUUUCACUCGGACUUUCCACUGUGAACUUAGCUGUUGAAAGCAUUUUGUACUGACAGGUAAAAAUACUCUGUACAAAAUCCCACCCAGGUUCCAGCAAGUCCGUGUCACAAAGCGCAGUCACCCAUGGCUGCGGGCUCUGCCACAUGCCAGCAGCAGGUGACCUGUUCAGCCCAGCUCGGCAUGGUAGGGAGUGAAAGAUUCAUCAAACUGCUAGAAAUAACACAUCACAUCUGUAACUUUAUACAAGGUCUUUUUUUUUUUCCUUUUAAACACUUUUACAAACACAUAUAACACUUACAGAUAGAAUCUUGGAAUGUAAUAUAGGAUCUGUAAACAUUUCCAGUCUACCAGCUGUAGUAAUAGUUCUUUAAUUCCUGCAUUUGGAUAAAGUGCUUCAUACAUAAGGCUAUUUGAGCAAAGCAAAGAUACAGGAUAUUCCAGGCAGGCAAAAUUCAUACCCUCUGAACAAGAUUGUUUCUUCUCAUCUCCCUCCAGCAGUCCUGAAUAAUUUAUACCACUCAAAAAUGCCCUUCUUCAUAUGCUCAGUAAGCCACAGGUCAGACUUAGAGGACAAGAGUUAACAUCUUACACUCUUUCCUUUUGUGCUGCACAGUGACUUAUUUACGGAGUUUUUGAUACCUCUGCUUCUGACGUAGCAGUAAGGGUUUCUGACUGUUCUAGUGGAGAGAAUGGCUUGAGGCAAGCAGAGGAGAGAAAAUAAGCACAAGGGUACAAGUUGCUCAUAACAGGAUGUAGAACCUCACUGCACGGUAAGAAAGGGAGUGACUGGCAGCUGGUACCUGUUAUGUUCUCUUGAUUUAUUUCCUGGUGGAAACUGUAAAUUGCAUGGUCAAGAGGGAGCAAAUCACUUUCUAUUCCUCCUGGAAUUUAGGUAGGAAAAGAACCAAGUGUGGCUCAGGCCUGCACUUGUAUUUGCUAUCCCCUAUUCUGAGGUCAAUUCAAUCCUUUUACAAAGAUACUUCCACCAGCACUGAAUUUUAGCUCAUGUCAAGAAGUAGUGACUAUUUAUUGUUCCUGCUGCAGUUGUGGAGACUGAUUCUGUCCCCAGCUGGUGCUCUUUGUCUUCUAGGAACAGCAGAAACUGAAGAUUGUGAAUUAGCCUCUUACAAAUUCCAGGAGUUACACCCUUGCAUGAUCAAAGUAGAAGAGUAAAAGCGCUGGAAUGCAGCAAGGCACUGUGGAAAACAUGUUACAAGGAGCAAAGUUCAAGGAAGAUGGAAGAGAGGGAAAGAAGCAAAGACCAAAGUUGUACUGUAAAACUAGCAGGUUGGGAAGCUUUUCAGCACAUGGUAUCAGGCCAAAAGCCUGCAUAUUGCCACUUCACAGCUUAGAGCAGAGGUGACCUUAACAGUGACCAAACCAAAUAGCCCUUUUGAUAAUGACUUUUUUCAGGCUCUCCACUGUUUACUACCCUGGUAUCUCCAUGAUAUUUGACAGAGACACUACCAGAAAAAAAUUGGAGGCCUUUUCUCUAAUUGUUAUUCUAAACACAAGGAAAUCACCAUGAGUUCAAGCGCUACACAGAAAGCUUCCAUCCAAGAAGGCACGUUAACUCUUUGGCGCUACAUCUUACAUUUAUCAGUUCUUGGCUCGGCAGCACACGCUCUUCAGUUAGGCUUAUGGGUUGCUUAGUGUUUAUUGCAGUCUACCCUUCUACCAGCAAUGGAACCAACAACUUCAGUCGUGUUCUCUCCCCUGUACAUAGCUGAACUGUUUGCUGCAGAGGGCAAUAGCAUAGAGGUAACGAGUACUGGCUCCCCUACAUUGUAAACUAGGAUAGAUAGAGAACUGAAAUCAACUCGAUUGAUUCCCUGCUACAUUGCUCUAGAGCAAGGAAGCUGUACUUGAUGCUGCUCUCUGCAAGGCUGACACAUCCCUAAACUGAACAGGGCAAGUACAGCAAGGAAAUCCCUCACCUACUGAGGUAAACAUGAUACUGCUAGUUGCACACUGACCAGUCUCCCAGAAGCAAGGUUUGCAAACGAAGGGUUGCAUGAAACUGUGUGCAUUGUUCAGGAAUGAGACAGAAGCUUGACAGUCCUGUAUGAAAUAAACUCUGAAAGUGCCAUUAGCUGUAUCAACUUUGAGAAUACUACGCUUAUGUUCUCAAAACACUUGGUGAACAGAUUGGAAAAAAAAAAAAAG